CAGGCUGCUCUAGUGGCCCCCAGCUGAAGUGAACAAUUGCUCUUUCUCUCUCUUUUCUCUCUUUCUCUCUCAUUCUCACCGCCUAAAAAACCUUUCUCCCCCAAUCCCAUUUCAAUGGCACUGUCCUCUUCCUCGAAAGCCUUCCGCUUCCGCCUAUUAGCGCUCAUCGCUUUCUCUCUCCCUCCCUUCCCCAGUUUAACUAUCUCUACAAUUUACUCCUACUACAACAAAUUCUCUCUUUCUCUCUGUUGAUUUCGCGCCUAUAUAAAGCACCUCUCAAUGGCUGGGAUUUGCUGUAGAGUUGUUGGAGAAGGUGACACCCCUACUCCUCUAGAACCAACCUCUCGUCCUUCCACCCGCAGAACUAUGGAUAUCGUACCCUUGAAGUACAUAGCUGACAUGGCUGUGCCCGACUCUUCCCGAAAGCGCCCCAAGCUCGAUCUCAAUGACACUGAUAACCAACUUCAAACUGACCGGGAAUCCUCCGGAACCAAGGUUAUGAAGAAGGAUUCCCAAUUCCUCAACAACGAACAAGACGACGAUGAUGUUUCAGACACUAAAUCCCUGACAGACGAGGAUGACGACUCCGAAGAUGAAGAGUGUCCCAAGUAUGGAGUCACCUCUGUCUGUGGCAGGAGGAGAGACAUGGAGGACUCCGUUUCCCUGCGCCCUUUCUUCUCGCUUGAAGGCUUCCACUACUUUGGCGUUUUUGACGGUCACGGUUGCUCUCAUGUUGCCACUAUGUGCAAGGAGAGGCUCCACGAGAUUGUGAACGAAGAGAUUCUGGAUGGAGACGACGCUAUACAGUGGGGAACAAUGAUGCAGAGCAGUUUUGCUCGCAUGGAUGAAGAGGUUUUCCGCCGCAGCCAGAGCAACCAGACUUUCAACUGUCGAUGCGAGCUCCAGACUCCGCACUGUGACGCAGUUGGAUCCACUGCUAUCAUCGCCAUCCUCACCCCAGACAAGAUUGUCGUUUCCAACUGCGGCGACUCCCGUGCUGUUCUCUGCCGUGGCGGAGUUGCCAUUCCUCUCUCUUCGGAUCACAAGGAUAACCGUUUUUGGAUCCGUGUUGUUCAGCCGGACCGCCCCGACGAAUUGCUCCGAGUGGAAUCCAAGGGCGGGCGCGUGAUUUACUGGGACGGCGCAAGAGUGCUGGGUGUGUUGGCCAUGUCUCGAGCCAUAGGAGACUACUACCUGAAGCCAUUCGUGAUUUCGGAGCCCGAGGUGACUGUGACUGAGCGAAGUGAUGAUGAUGAGUGUUUGAUACUGGCAAGUGAUGGACUGUGGGAUGUGGUGUCAAAUGAAACUGCUUGUGGGGUGGUGAAGAUGUGUCUGAAGUCGCAGAAGCCCCCGACUCCUCCGGGCUCUCCUGGUCAUGGUUAUGUGACGGCAGACGGCUCCGACCGUGGUUGCUCGGAUGCCUCAAUUCUGUUGACCAAGUUGGCUUUGGCAAGGCACAGUGCCGAUAAUGUGAGCGUGGUGGUGCUUGAUCUGAGGAAGGAUCCAGAACAAACAUCCACUUCCACUUCCAGCUACGUUAACGAAUGAAUGCAACAAUGGAUGAAGGGAGUGCCUCUUCAAAGCAGCAUAAUGGGCACUUUCACUGCACCGCACACCCUCUGUUUCCGGUCAAUCUUCAAGGUCUGCCUUUUGCUUAAUAAUAAUGUUGUUUCUUUCUUUCUUUUUUUCUUUCCAAGUGUAAUGUUGUUUUUUAGUUUCAGAAAAGGAAGAGGAAAAAAAAAAUGUAGCUUUCGAAAAUGAAACAAAAUCAUAGGGAAAUUUCGUUGUAGGGGAAAUUCGUGUCGACUAAGGAUUCAAUGAAACCGUCGAUACCCUUUUCUCUUUUGUCCAUAAUCGACUCUAUAAAUUGAAGAAUUUUCCUUUGGUU